CCGCAAUCGACCUUCCUACGCCGUCGUAUAGUCUUAUCGCACAGUUUUCCGCAAACAUAUAGUCCAUUCGCUCCACGUUCCAGAUUGUGAAUCAUGGCGUCGCUGGGCAACGGGCAUCGAAGGCGUGCCUCUGCCUCGACACACAGGACAAAGUACUCCAUCGACUUCGACGCGCUGCGAGGUCCGGGAUCCGACGCAUCUUCUUUUGCAGACUUGCCUAAAGUCGAACCUUUGGAUGCGAUACGUAGUGAGGACAUCGAUGGCCCAACAGACUUCACACAGAACAUGGAUUUCUGGAUGCGCGCACCGUUAAGAGAAGGAAGCUUGAGGGACAGUCUUGCACCUACUGUCACGAUGCCGGAGAGGAUCAGCAACACCGAAGUUGCAGAGGAUCUAGAGGAGUAUAUCGACAGUAGCGAGAUAGAGGAACAGCACACUCAGGGCCAAGAGCAACAUGCGCAGCAGCAGAAUCAACAUCCCGAUGAUGACCAGGAUGAUGAUGAUCGACAGUCUACGGCGUCUUCUAUGGAGAACCAAGAGAGGGUCCUCUCAUACUUGGAUGCUUUACCAGAAGCUGAUGUCCCUGCAAUACACGUGGAGUCGCCCCGGCCCAUAGUCGCAUCCAACAAAGCAAAAUCGGUACGGUCCUUACAGCCGACCGUAGAAGAUGUAGACACAACACCUCACAAGCCCAGCCAUCCGUCCCGCUCAUCUCACAAACCUCUGUCGCCUCAGCAACCCUCACCUUUGCCGUCUCAGACACCGACUCUCACAGAUCUUCAGGAACAGCUCCUCCGUCAGACAUCAGAGUCCAAUAACAUAAUACGAAAACUGCAGGAGACGCUUGCUUUCACAUCCGACGAACUAAAACGAUCCCAGAGCACAAAUGAAGGGUAUAUUCGUGAGCUCUCUACAGUACGCAGUGAGCACGAAAGAAGUCUACAACGGGCAAAUUCGGAAUGGGCAGAUCAGUUAGCUGUCUUGAAGGAGACUGCGCUCAAGGAGAAGACAGAUUUGGAGGCCGCGCACUUAAAAGAAAAGAACGAUAUGAACAGCAAGAUAAAAACCCUCGAAAUGCAGUCAGCGGCCGAUCGAACUUACUUUGCGCGGAAGAGCGAGGAGUUGCGUAUCUCUCAUACGAACGAGCUCAGACAGCAAAAGGAAGAAUAUGACCGUGCUUCGACUUCUCGAGACGAUCGCAUAGCUUCGUUACAGAAGAAGAUCGAGGAUUCGAUAGCAGAAAGAUAUGCAAUAGAAGAAUCAAGGCGCUCGGCGCUGACUGAAGAAAGGGAACGUCAAGCAGAUGACCUCAAUUCGAAACUGGAAGCCUAUCAGGCAGAGAUAGCUAGGCUUCGCAGAGAGCUCGAGAGAAAUAGUGCCGCUGCUGAUAUCAAUCUUGACAAUGUCAAGGCUAGUCUGUAUCAAGAAUUAGAACAAGAAAAGUCGGGUUCAAAAGCCAAGAUCUCUGCUCUAGAAGAACAACUACAGCUUGCCCAAACCCAGUUCAAUCAAAACGACGCUACGAAAGAAGUCUCCUUUCUUAGCUCUACAGAGAUUGAGAAAGAGCCCGUUGCCCAGGCCCGAAUUGCAGAGCUUGAGGCACGUCUGAAGACAACGAUAGGUCAGCUCGAAGACAUGCGGAAGCAAGUCCUCCUGAAAGAACAGGACGUCUCGCAACAGAAACAACAGCGCUUGCACGCGCACGAGCUUUACAACCUGUCUCAAACCAAGGUAGCUGAUAUGGAAAGUGGAUUGACGAGCCUUCGUCUACAACUCGAUCAGAUGCGUAAUGAAAUAAGAAUAGCCCGGGAUGAAGCAAAUGAAAGUCGUGAUGCGAGGAGGGAAGAACAGGCGGUACUCGAGAAAAUUCGCUCGAAGCUGUUCCACCAUACUGCUGACUGGGAGGAAGAGCGCGCAAAGCUUCUCGAGAAGCAGCGAGAACUUCAGAAUGAGAUCAAUGAACUGAAUGCUGAGACCGCGGAGAAGCACAUCAAGCACAAGACGGCCAUGGACUCUUUGCGCACCAAGGCCGAAAAUGGCAUCAAGCAGCUUGGAGAAAUGCUCGAAAUCGAACGGACAGAUAAGAACCGAGCACGACAGGAGUUGGCUGCUGCCAAUGAGGAGCUUGCACAGCUCAAGAUAGAGCCAACCGACACUCGGGUACAACCAGUAUAUAGGAUUCAUGACCAGACUGAACAUCAAGAUGGCAGCGAAGCUCUCAUUGCCAUACGUACUGCUCUCCAGGCACAGCAGGAAGCCACGGCGGCCGCUCGAGCAGACGCCGCGACUGCCAGAGCUGAACUUGUCGCUUUCAAGGAGGAUAAUGAAGCUGUCAACAGUGCAUUCGAUGAGAGGAUACAAGCAUUCAUGCGUGAACGGGAACAGAAGUGGCGGGAGAGGCUGCAAGCUGCGCUCAAGGAUCGGCAUAGCAUGACAAAGGCGUUAAUGCACGAAUGGGGGAGAGAUGAAUGCGGGCUGGGAAAUCCGCAGUUGUAUCAAUACAAGUAUCUGAAAAGGUGAUACUGGUGAAUCUAAGGUCACGACUUACGAGUGCAUUAUAUGAAUGAGAUCGGCAGGCCUUGUCCUUCAUGUGAGCAAUACAUACGUCAGCGGCUUCGUGAUGUCGGAGAUCAGUUUUUAGAAGUCCCUUGGUUGUAUCGCCUUACGACACGAGCAGAUCCAUCUAAUGACUGUGACAAAGAUGUCAGAUCGAA